GAACGCCUGGAUUAUUGUUGUCGGAAGCUUUCUGCAUUAUGGCUCAAAGAGGGAAGGUAGUCUUCGUGAUAUUUCUUUCAUGUUACCUCUCAGAAAUCUUAUCAUAUGCAUCUGGAGCCUCACCUUGUGAGGAUCAUCAUCCAAGGUGUGGCCACUGGGCAUCCAAAGGAGAAUGCAAGAAAAAUGUCAAGUGGAUGUCAAAGCACUGUCGAUCAACUUGUGGCCUGUGUGCCCAAGCUAACGUUCAUGAUCUGUACAAACAAGCCAAACUGGAGAUACAUGGAGCUUUUUUUCUGUUCUUUGGUAUUGUUGGCAUAGUUCCAGCAUACGAGUGCACGAUAGAAUUGGAAAAUAAACAAAAGGGAAGGGAUUCUAUACAUUUCCCAGAAAACUUUCACAGGCAAAAAGCACUUCACGUUAUUUUACUAACUAAAGAACCUUAA